GACCCACUCUUCUCCUCGCUCUAAACUCUUCCUACCCCGCUACCCGCUCUCUCGUUGGACGUGACUUCGGAAGAUUGCCGGAGAUGUCGUCGAUGGCCACGAAGCUCUUCAACACCGCCGAGGUGGAGUCGUCGGACGCGCAAGCCCUAGUCGCGGACAUGCGGAAGGCUAUCGGCACCAUGAAGUCCCUCGCCGUAGACUUCGAGAGGGACGGAAAGUCCGAUAAGGUGAAGAAGCUUGAGGAGACGGUUCUGGAGUUGGUGGCUUCGUACGAGGACUGCGCGGCCAUGGCCCAGGCAAUUAAGGCAGUACCUGGAGUGUAUCAGUCAUCUGAUCAGCCAACGGAUUUCAAAACAUUGAUCGGGGUGGAGGCUAGCAAGAUUAGGGAAGCGUCAUCGGCAUCACAACAGAACCACCCACUCUUUCGGCAGUUCAGGGAGUCUGUCUGGAAUGUUCACCAUGCUGGUCAGCCUAUGCCUGGUGAGGAACAGGAGGACAUUGUCAUGACUAGCACUCAGAUGAGCAUCUUAAAUGUCACAUGCCCAUUAACUGGAAAGCCUGUGAUUGAAUUGAUGAAUCCAGUUCGCUGGUAUGCGUACAAUUCCGUUCUAUACUCUCUUUGAAUAUACAUAAUGGGGUUUUCUAUCUCAAUAAGUGAAGGUUGCGCGGAACACUGUUGAACCUGGUAAAAUUGACAGAAUGUUUUAAGUGCCACCAUGCUAAAAGAGAAUGAUCAUCCGCGAUAUUAUUUUCAACUGGUAAAGAUGGAGCGAAUUUGUGCGCACAAGCAACAUGUUUCAGCAGCACUUCGAAUUUUGUUUUUAUACUUGCUCCUGUAUCUUCUUGGCGACUUACUGAGAUCUGGAUUUUGCUGGACUCAUUCGAUGUGGUAUUUAUGUCAGUAGAAUGAUUUGUUCUCAGCUCCGUCUACCUCCUGGAGCUAUUAGUUUGCCAUUGUCAAUAGUGUAACAUUUUUUUACGCCAGAUAUCUGGUGCUACUCGUACAACCCUUUCUGGCAACCUGACUACUUUGAGGCAGCCCAAAAAUAGUAAUUUCCUUUCUGUCACCAUGGUGUAAUUUGAUACAACCCUGUGCCAUUUUGGCUGAUAAAUCCCCAAUUGGUAUUACUUCAUGAUAUACUUUGUUUCUUUAGUAUAAGGAUUUGACUGAAAACAAUUAAUCCCAUUCAUGUGACACAAAAUCGUAAAAAAAAUAUGAAUAUAAUAGGAUCAAUUUUGUUUCACAAAAGUUAUGCAUUAAUAAUGUUCUUUUUUUUUUGUCGAAGGCUUGCCAUAAUGAAAAUAAAUAUGCCUUAUGCAGAUGGAAUAACAUUUAUGCUACCGAAUGGGGAUUGGUAGUUACUACUUCCUCUAUUUCAAAUUAUAGCUCACUUUCUCUGUCCUAAAUCAAGCAUAUCUAACUUUGACAAAGUUUUUUUUAAAAAAAAAGCACUAGCAUCUGCAGCUAGAGCUGUUUCAUCGUGUCACUAGGUCGCGAGCUCAAAGCAACCUCUACACAUUUACGGGGGAAAGGCUUUCCUCGGCUUAUGCCUUCUUUAGACCUCACUCACAUGGGAGCCUCCGGCACUGGGUCUGCCAUUUAUGUAAUAUGUCUUGAUAAUGCAUUUUGAAAUAUAUGAAAUGCCAUAUUUUUUUAAAAAAUUGAAUCAAAUUUAUAGAACUAUAAUUUGAAAUGAGGGCAGUACGUAGGCAUUUAAAAUGUUAUCUGUUCAUAUACAUGUAGAUAUAAUUCAUUGCCUUGACUGAACUGAACUGAUGAUAAUUCCCUGUGCAGUGUGGAUUGCAAGCAUAUCUAUGAAAAGGACCCUGUAAUGCAAUAUAUAAGGACCAAAAAACCACCGCAGUGCCCUAUUGCAGGCUGUCCUAGGGUCCUAGAAAGAGGGAAGGUUAUCUGUGAUCCCUUCCUCCUUAUUGAGAUCGAAGAGCUGCGUUCAUCAGAGACCGCCGCUCCGAAUGCCACAAACAUAGAUGACUGGACCGAUCUAAAUGACGAAGACGAGGAGUGAGGAAGGCCCGGUAAAAGGAUACCGGCAGCUGUUAUUGUUUAGGAGGAUAGGGUUUAGUAUGUUCUUCAGGAUACACUGUCUUGUUGGAUUCUGUAGGAGGAUGGGUUCUAGUAUGUUCAGGAAUCAGGAUGCGCUCGUCUUGUUGGGUUUUGCUUCUGAUGACUUCGAUAUGUUCCAUGGCAAAUGCGACUUUAAAGUUUGGGAG